AAACAACUGCAUAUUCACACAUCUCAGAUAACUCUGAACAUUGCUCCUGGAACUAACUGAUAUUGGAAAAAAAUAUUAGUUAAUCAGAUUUUAAAAUGCAGAAAUCACAGACGAUAAAGUUUACGAUCGUGAUCGUGACAUUUCUUCAGUUAAUUUCGUCGAAGACAGUAUUCACUCAAUCUUCAGGCUUCACUUGUGUGACAGUAGGGAGAUUCCCAAAUCCAGAUGACUGCUCUAAAUAUUAUCAAUGUGUACAACGUUCUGGCCAAUUGAUUCUCGGCGACAUGAAGUGCCCGAAUAAGCUACUCUUUGACUCGUAUUCGCGAUUUUGUUUAAGCGAAGACGAUGCUGUUUGUGAAACUUCAUUUACAUCUACAACUGAGCCUACAUCUACAUCAACCGAAUCUACAUCUACAUCAACCGAAUUUACAUCUACAUCAACUGAAUCUACAUCUACAUCAACUGAAUCUACAUCUACAUCAACUGAAUCUACAUCUAAAACUGAUUCUACACCUAUAACUGGAUCUACAUCUACAACUGAUUCUACACCUAUAACUGGAUCUACAUCUACAACUGAUUCUACACCUAUAACUGGAUCUACAUCUACAACUGAUUCUACACCUAUAACUGGAUCUACAUCUACAACUGAUUCUACACCUAUAACUGGAUCUACAUCUACAACUGAUUCUACACCUAUAACUGGAUCUACAUCUACAACUGAUUCUACACCUAUAACUGGAUCUACAUCUACAACUGGAUCCACACCUACAAGAGGACCUACUCCUACAUCUACAAGAGGAUCUACGCCUACAAGUGGAUCUACACCUCCAAGAGGAUCUACGCCUA